UGGGCCGUGCAGACCCUGGAGGCGUCGGUGCCAGUCCCGGGGUUGUGCGCGGCUGAAAGCGCGCGGCGGGGGCAGCAGCUGCUCGCGCUGGUGCGUCGUGGGCCGCCCGCGGAAGAGGUCGAGGCGGUGCGAACGGCCGAGGCCGUGUCGUCCGUGGCGGCGCUUGAGGGAGGCCGCUCUGGUGCGCCGCUCAAGCAGAAGGACGCGGAGGAGAACGAGUGGAAGGUGGUGACGGGCGAGGUGAAAGGUCGGCGAGGCGAGCGCUGGGACGCAGCGCAGGCCGUCGCCGACCGCUCGGUUGCGCGCUGGGCCGCUGUGUUGGCCGAGCGACGCGAGGCCGAGCGUCGAGUAGCCGCAGCUGGCACGCUGCAGUGCUGGGCGCCCGGCUUGCUGGGGCGGCGCGCGGCCGCGGCGGUGCGGGCAGCUCGCGGUGCCGCCGUGGCUGGAUGCGCUGGGCAUACCGCGAUGGCCCUGCCGGCCGCGGUGGCCCAGCCCGCGAGGCAAGGGAGGCGCGGCAGGAAGGCUAAGGAGGACGCGAAGGGCGACGACGCCUUGCUCGACGACGCGCUCCUCCUCGCCGCGCGCGAGGCCGACGAGUUGGCACGCGCCGCGGCGGACGCCCUCGUGGGCGAGGUGCGCGUGGCGAUCGUCCCGUACGUCGUGGCGCUCACGGCGGAAUUCGGCGCGGACGCGGUGACGUCUGCGUUCUGCAGGCUCGAGGCGGCGGCCCGCGUGGCGAUGGGCGGCCUGGACAGCCCCAUGGAGGUCGCUUCGGCCUCGCGGGGCGAGUGGGUGGUGCGGUUCUUGGACGGCGAGUUCGUCGACAACGCGAGCGACUGGGCGACGGUCGUCCGGCGGGUCGAGAACGUGCUCGGUAGCAGGGGCGCUGGUUGAGCGUGGGUGAGGCGCAGCGGGGGGGCACGGCAGGGGGCAUCGCCGCCUUGCGCGCAGUGUCACCGUCCCCCCCUUGCCCGCGCUCCUUGGACGGCAGGGGUACGUUAAAUUAAGGGGUUGACUUCCUCGCGGUCG